AAUGAAUUUUUAGAAAAAUAUUAUUAAAACUUCGGAACUUUUCUUUAAAAAAAUAUAAAUGUAAUUGAAUGAAUUUGUUAAAAAAUACGUUUAUAUAUAUUAUCUGAAGAUGUAUGUAUACAUAUUGGUUCAUUAUUUCAUUCACUUAUGGUAAAUCAGUAAAAAGCGCGUUUUGCGUUAAUUACAUAUGUAUACAUAAAUGUAUCUAAAUAUCUUGACUAUGAAAAAUGUAAUGACUACUGUUCAUUAUUUAAGUCUAUAACGAACGUAUAAUGUAAUAUCAGAUAACAUUAAUUAAUUUCUUCAAACAUCACGAUACUUCAAAUAUGGCUGCCGUACAUCGAGAGGCUAUCCAAAAACAGAUUCAACAAGACUGGGCAAAUCGAGAAUACAUCGAAGUUAUAACUGGUAGCAUCAAAAAGAUAACUGACUUUCUCAAUUCCUUUGAUAUGUCUUGCAGAUCAAGAAUAGCUGUUCUCAACGAAAAACUUACAACUCUAGAAAGGAGAAUCGAAUAUCUGGAAGCAUGUGUUACAAAAGGGGAAACAUUAACUUAAAUUAAUCAUAGUUUAAGAUUUUUGUAUUUAUUGAAAUUAUAUAUGACUAAAUAUACAAUAAACGUCACUACAUGUAA